ACUGGGACUAGAAUCGUUGAAGAAUCAGUAUUCAACGGAUUGACUUGCGUCUUUGAAAUCUGCUUUAACCCAUCCUCGCAAUGCAAGGAAGGCUCAGCAGAGGAGGGUGCACUCGUCGAUCUAGUGGCUACAACCGUGUCCGCAUUAAAUAGAAAUUCGUACCCUGGAAAUAUCCAUGUAGGAAAGAAUUCACUCCUCCUCAGGGGUCGUUGAUAUUAGUUUCCUCAUGUUUCAUAGAAUCUAAGACAUAUGCAUGAAACAAUUUAAAAACAACAAAAAUAAACAUGUAAUAAAUAAAAAAAUCAAUUGCUUCCUUAUCUAAAAUUAAAGAAAAAUGCCAUUAUUGUAUGCAUUUCUAUAUUUUUUUCCUUUUUGGUCUGUCAUCAUAUGGCGAUGAGAUGCACAAAGAUUAAUUAAUUUUACCUUUAAAAAAUCCUCCAAAUGAAAUAUGAAAUCUUUUAUUUAAAGAGUACCACCCUCCAGCUAGCUAGCCUGGCAGCAAUUAGGCCAUAUUCCAUGGCCUCAGAUAUCAACUUAAAUGUUGGCAUGAAAUUUGAAACCAUAUAUAGAAACAUGGACAACCAGCCAUUACUAGCCAACGUUCACAUACAUUGAAAUACGCGUUGUGGCUACGGAAACUGUUUUGGUUUUGGUUACUGCUAGCUACUACUAGAAAAUCUGGCAUGGAAUAUACCAGUGGAAGAUCUCAGUUUGUUGAAGAGAAGAUUGCGUAAGAGAAGCAAUAGCAAGCGAAAAUGGAGGGAAUAUGCCAGUAUAAUAUUCUGGUUGAUCAGGGAAACAAUCUUGCAUAUAAAUUCUCUAGCCUACGCAUUCCUUUAACCAUAAACUACUGCUCUCUCUCUCUCUCUCUGUGUCCCACUCUCUCUGUCUGUCUCUCUCAAUAAGGUUGAGAGAGCAAAUCCAGGUAAGAAAAAAAAACUACUGCUCUUUGCAUGUUGUUCUUGUUUCUUCUUUGUGAGCUCCAUCUCUCUGAUUAUAUUCCUAUUUGCCAUUGUUGAAUUUUCAUUUAUUGUAGGCAUUAUAUUGUUAUUGACUCCUCCCACUCUGUAUAUGGAAUGCAAUUUUUCAAAUUUCAGAUCCUCUUCUGGUAGAACUCUGUGCGUGUGUGUUUUUCUUCUGAAAAAUUGAUAUCCUUAAUGAUCACGAGGAAAAAGGAGUUUGCGAGGGAGAGAUCUAACAAGGCAAGCUAGCCAUGGCCCAGGAACAAUUGCAGGUGCUUAAUGCACUGGACAGUGCAAAAACACAAUGGUAUCAUUUCACCGCAAUUGUGAUUGCUGGAAUGGGCUUCUUCACUGAUGCAUAUGACCUCUUCUGCAUAUCACUUGUCACCAAAUUGCUUGGCCGCAUAUACUAUCACGUCGAGGGCUCAGCAAAGCCUGGCUCAUUGCCUCCAAAUGUAUCAGCUGCUGUCAAUGGUGUGGCACUUUGUGGCACAUUGGCAGGGCAAGUCUUCUUUGGUUGGCUUGGUGACAAAUUGGGAAGAAAGAAAGUCUAUGGCAUGACUCUUAUGCUCAUGGUCAUCUGCUCCGUUGCUUCCGGGCUCUCCUUUGGGCACACCCCAAAAUCUGUAGUUUCGACGCUUUGCUUCUUCCGUUUCUGGCUUGGGUUUGGCAUUGGUGGUGACUACCCACUCUCUGCCACCAUCAUGUCUGAAUAUGCUAACAAGAAGACUCGUGGUGCCUUCGUUGCUGCAGUCUUUGCCAUGCAGGGCUUUGGAAUUUUAGCUGGAGGGUUGUUUGCAAUGCUUAUGUCUGCCAUAUUUGAAGCCAAGUUCAAGGCUCCAGCUUAUGAAGUUGAUCCAACUGGUUCAACUGUCCCACAAGCAGACUACCUUUGGAGAAUCAUUUUAAUGGUUGGAGCACUUCCAGCAGCUCUAACCUAUUACUCGCGGUCGAAGAUGCCUGAAACUGCUCGUUACACAGCGCUUGUUGCCAAUAAUGUCAAACAGGCUACUUCAGAUAUGGCAAAAGUUUUGCAGGUUGACAUUGAAGCUGAACCGGUCAAGCCCCAGGAACCUGCUAAAUCCUUUGGUUUGUUCUCUAAGGAAUUUAUGCGCCGCCAUGGACUUCACUUGCUUGGAACCACAAGUACAUGGUUCUUGCUUGACAUUGCAUUUUAUAGUCAAAAUCUGUUUCAGAAGGACAUCUUUAGUGCCAUUGGAUGGAUUCCUAGUGCAAAGACUAUGAAUGCCGUUUCAGAGGUUUAUAGAAUAGCAAGGGCACAGACUCUUAUUGCUCUAUGCAGCACUGUGCCUGGUUACUGGUUCACUGUGGCCUUGAUUGAUAAAAUUGGAAGAUUUGCAAUCCAGUUGAUGGGAUUUUUCUUCAUGACAGUGUUCAUGUUUGCCUUGGCCUUUCCUUACAAUUAUUGGACACACAAGGAUCACUUGAUUGGGUUUGUGGUACUCUACUCACUGACUUUCUUCUUUGCAAAUUUUGGACCAAAUGCCACCACAUUCGUGGUGCCGGCUGAGAUUUUCCCGGCUAGACUACGUUCUACAUGCCACGGCAUAUCUGCAGCAGCAGGAAAGUUAGGGGCAAUGGUGGGUGCAUUUGGCUUUUUGUACUUGGCUCAACCCCAGGACAAGACUAAGGCAGAAGCAGGGUUCCCUGCUGGUAUAGGGGUCAAGAAUUCACUCAUUGUGUUGGGUGUGGUCAACUUCUUGGGUUUGUUAUUUACAUUCUUUGUGCCUGAAUCAAAAGGAAAAUCUUUGGAGGAAAUUUCAGGUGAGACCAAUGAAGAGCGCAAUUAAGGAAGUAGAAGAUUAAAGCAGCCGCAGACAAGAAGGGAGUUUCUGUUCUUCUAAAAUACAGCAAUUUUUUAGGAUAUCCUUGUCAUUUUUUUCUAUUAUAGUCUUUUAUCAUAUGUCAUUGUAUUAUAGUAAAGAAGAAAUCAGAUCUUCUGCUUCUUCUGCUUCUUCUGCUUCUUCUUUUUUUCCUGUUAUUUAAUCAUUUUAUUAUAGUGAAGUACGGAUGAUCUUUUGUUA